AUUUAGUUAUUUUUUGACAUCUUUGUAACGAUACCGAUGCGUAAAUUGCGGAGCUUUAGAACAUAAUUUUGGCGGUUCUUGCAGGGUUUUUACCGUCAAGGCAAUUUUCCACAUGGCAAAUAUAAAUUUGGACAAGGAGACUUUCUAUCGUCGACUAAAAAAGUUGUACGCAUCAUGGCAAAACAAAGACGGCGAAAACGGUUUUUCAAAAAUGGAUUGUUUGGUAACGGCGGUCGGUGUUGACGAAGAAAUUGUUUACAGCAAAUCGGGCGCCCUUCAAACAUGGUUGUUGGGAUACGAGCUCACAGAUACCAUUAUGGUCUUCACAGAAUCUACCGUUUAUUUCUUGGCCAGCAAGAAAAAAAUUGAUUUUCUCCGUCAGGCAGACAACAGCAAAGAUGAGAACAGUAUCGGAAUUAAGUUACUUGUAAGAGAUCGGAACGACAAAGACGCCGCCAAUUUCAAAACUUUGAUAGGCGCAAUAAAGGGUAGCAAAAAUGGGAAAAUGCUGGGGGUGUUUUCAAAGGAUAAUUAUCCCGGUGAAUUCAUGGAUUUGUGGAGGAGCGCGAUUAAGAAGGAGGAUUUCUCGACCAUCGAUAUUUCGUCGGGGAUCGCGUACUUAAUUGCGCCAAAAGAGGACAUGGAAAUUAUCACCAUUAAAAAGGCUUGUUUGGUGACUGUGGAUGUUUUCACCAAAUUCCUCAAGGAUCAGAUAAUGGAGAUUAUCGAUUCAGAUAAAAAAGUGAAACACAGCAAACUGGCGGAAGGGGUUGAGUCCGCAAUUUCGGAUAAGAAGUAUGUUACCGGUGUUGACGUCACACAAGUUGAUAUGUGCUAUCCCGCGAUUAUACAGUCAGGUGGUAACUAUAAUUUAAAGUUUAGUGUAGUCAGUGAUAAAAAUACUUUGCAUUUCGGGGCAAUUAUAUGUUCGCUCGGUGCUCGGUACAAGUCUUAUUGUUCUAACAUUGUUCGAACCUUGCUUGUCAAUCCCAGUGAUGAGAUACAGGCAAACUACAACUUUUUGUUAACGAUUGAGGAGGAAGUAUUAAAAAAACUGCAGGCAGGUACUAAAUUGUCGGACGUUUACGAUUCAGGAUACAAUUUGGUUAAGAAGGAGAAACCAAAUUUGCUGGAUAAUUUGACAAAAAGUUUCGGGUUCGCAAUGGGCAUUGAGUUUCGCGAAAGUUCCCUACUGAUCGGACCAAAAACUACAGUGCUUGCAAAGAAGGGAAUGGUCUUCAACUUAAACUUAGGCUUCAAUAACUUACAAAACAAGGAGGCGUCCGAUAAGGAAGGUAAAGUUUACGCGUUAUUUAUCGGCGAUACGAUUAUGGUGAACGAGGGGAAUCCUGCUUCGCUUUUAACCAUGUCAAAAAAGAAGAUAAAAAAUGUCGGAAUUUUUUUGAAAGAUGAUACUGACGAUGAGGAAGAGGAGGAGGAAAAGUCCAAGUCAUCCAAACCCGAAAUACUCGGUAGAGGGAAGAGGACGGCGGUAAUCGAGUCAAAAUUGCGUUCGGAACAUCCAUCCGAGGACAAACGCAAGGAACAUCAGAAGGAGCUCGCGAUGAUGCUGAACGAGAAGGCAAAGGAACGAUUGGCCAAGCAAUCGGGUGCAAAGGACGUUGAGAAAGUGCGCAAAAACACAGUUUCCUAUAAAAAUACCAGUCAAAUGCCGCGUGUUCCCGAAGUUAAAGAAUUGAAACUGUACGUAGACCAAAAAUAUGAAACCGUUAUUUUACCUGUGUACGGAAUACCCGUCCCAUUUCAUAUUUCGACAAUUAAAAAUAUUUCUCAGUCCGUCGAGGGCGACUACACGUACUUACGUAUAAACUUUUUCCACCCCGGCUCGACGAUGGGUAAAAACGAAUCGGGUGCCUAUCACCAGUCGGAUGCUACCUUCGUAAAGGAACUAACGUAUAGAAGUACCAACACGAAGGAGCCUGGUGAAAUUUCGCCCCCCUCGUCCAAUUUAAACACUGCAUUUAGACUGAUUAAGGAAGUUCAACGCAAGUUCAAAACGCGCGAGGCCGAAGAACGCGAGAAGGAAGAUUUAGUUAAGCAAGAUACUCUCGUUCUCUCACAGAAUAAGGGCAAUCCCAAACUUAAAGAUCUAUACAUUCGGCCGAAUAUCGUCACAAAGCGCAUGACCGGCUCAUUGGAAGCGCACACUAACGGUUUUAGAUACACAUCUGUGCGAGGCGAUAAAGUCGAUAUUCUAUACAAUAAUAUUAAAAAUGCGUUCUUUCAACCUUGUGAUAGCGAAAUGAUCAUAUUGCUUCAUUUCCACUUGAAACACGCCAUCAUGUUCGGUAAAAAGAAGCACAUCGAUGUACAAUUCUAUACAGAGGUGGGCGAGAUUACUACUGACCUGGGGAAACAUCAACAUAUGCACGACCGUGACGAUUUAGCUGCAGAACAGUCUGAAAGAGAACUGCGUCACAAGCUGAAGACUGCCUUUAAGAGCUUCUGUGAGAAGGUGGAGACAAUGACUAAACAAGAAAUCGAAUUUGACACACCGUUCCGAGAAUUGGGUUUCCAGGGCGUUCCCUUUAGAUCCACAGUCUUACUGCAGCCGACCUCCGGCUGCCUAGUAAAUCUCACCGAGUGGCCUCCUUUCGUCAUCACUCUCGAAGAUGUCGAGCUCGUUCACUUCGAAAGAGUGCAAUUUCACUUGAAAAACUUUGACAUGGUUUUCGUGUUUAAAGAUUACAAUCGCAAAGUCGCGAUGGUGAACGCCAUACCAAUGAACAUGCUCGAUCACGUCAAAGAGUGGCUCAACUCGUGCGACAUCAGAUACUCGGAGGGUGUACAGUCACUUAAUUGGAUCAAAAUUAUGAAGACUAUUACUGACGAUCCGGAGGGGUUCUUCGAUAGCGGCGGGUGGACGUUCUUGGAUCCCGAAUCGGACGGAGAACAAGCGCAGGAAUCCGAAAGUGAGGAGGAGGAUGAUGCUUACGAACCGUCAGAUUUAGAAAGUGUGUCCGAGGAAAGUGAUGAGGAUUCUGAAUAUUCGGAAGGUGACACUGAAAGUGAAGAUGGCAGUGAUUCAGAAGACUUGGGAAGCGAUGAGGAGUCUGGAAAGGACUGGUCUGAUUUAGAACGUGAGGCGGCCGAAGAGGAUCGUCGCGACCAACAAAUAGAGGACGAAGGAGGACGUAUUAAGCACAAAUCCAAGCAUUCGUCCAGUAAAAGCAAGCACAGCUCGUCUAGCAGAGACAAACACUCCAGUAAAGACAAACACAACAGUAGCAAGGACGGUCAUCGUUCGUCACAUUCGAAAAACUCCUCGCACAAUUCGAAAUCGAAACAUUCGCCUUCUAAGUCUCAUUCUAAGCACUCGCCGUCUAAGUCGAAAAAUUCCUCGUCCCACAAAAGUUCAUCCAGCGACAAAAAGCGUAGUCGAGACGACAGUGGGGACAGGCAUAGGUCGAAGAAGUCGAAAAAGUAAAUUCACUUCAUCUAAUGUAAAUGUUUCCGAGGAUUAUUUUAUUACACAAGUGAGCAACUGUCGAUGUGUCAUAUAAGAUGACCUGUUUUCUAUGUUAG